UAAUUGGGAUGUGUUUGCCUCAGCAGUGAAGUCGACUCGGGGGCGGUGGGUUUACAGCCGGAGUUUGCUCUCCCUUUCCCGGCGAGGACACAUUUCCAAACAUAAUAGCGACUGCGAGGAAAGUUUUAAAUGGUCUCGUGGUCUGGAUGGGAAAGUUCACGGGCGUGAUGUUUCCAAACCUGUUGCUGCAUCAGUAAAAAUUGGGAGUGAGUGCAUUGCAGGGGGAAAUUCCCUCCACCCACUGAACUUAUCAAAUAAAGACUUGUUUGGGCUCUCGCUCUGCACCAGGGUAGCAGCGGCCGGAGACCCGACUCUGAUGGCGUCACCUCCAGGUCCGGCGCCAAACAAAAUCACUUCGCAGGAUAUGACCAGCCUUCUGCUCCCAGAUAUAAAUUCAGCAGCCGACUGCUGCAGAGUCGUAGAGAGCGCCGUGAACCUCAGCUCCGCCAGUCAGCUGCUGAAGCGGCGUUAAAGGAGUCCGCUUGAAAUCGAGUGCGAGCUCUCUUCCAACUCCACAUCUCUCCUGCUGUACUCCGAAGAGCUUCCAGCGAGGACGUUAAGCUCUCUUGAUCCUCCUGCUGCAGCUGCAAGGUUGUUCCCUUAAGGUCUUAUAAACCUUUUCUGUGGGUUGUUGAAGGUCACACCAUUUCUCAGCCAUGAGCCCUGUCUGCGCCUGGACCUUUGUCACCAUUUUAAUUGGCCUGGCUCAGGAAUCCAGUUGUGGGAUUUUGCACAACGCCUCGCAUGUCGAAAGUUUGUUGGAAUAUGUCCUUUCGAGGAACAAGCGAGCCAUCCCCCAGAUCGACAAAGACGAGACUUUGCAACUUCACAAUCACCUGCGGGGACAGGUCUAUCCCUCAUCCUCCAACAUGGAGUACAUGGAGUGGGAUAAUGAAUUGGAACGGUCUGCUGAAAGCUGGGCCCAGCAGUGUGUCUGGGAUCAUGGCCCUUCUCAUCUAAUCAAAUCAAUAGGUCAGAACCUGGCAGUGCACUGGGGAAGAUAUCGUUCUCCAGCUUCACAUGUGCAGGCAUGGUAUGAUGAAGUCAAAGAUUACACCUACCCAUAUCCACAUGAGUGCAGUCCUUGGUGUCCUGAAAGAUGUUCUGGUUCAAUGUGCACCCAUUACACCCAAUUGGUGUGGGCAACAACUAACAGAGUUGGCUGUGCUGUCAAUGUUUGUGCAAGAAUGAACGUGUGGGGAGAAAUCUGGGAGAACGCUGUCUAUUUAGUGUGUAACUAUUCACCAAAGGGGAAUUGGAUUGGGGAAGCUCCAUAUAAGCAUGGUCGUCCAUGUUCAGAGUGCCCACCCAGCUAUGGUGGAAGUUGCAAGAACAACCUCUGCUACAAAGACAAUACAAUGAAAAGACCACAGCAUGAACAUACGAAUGAAGUCGAGCCCUCCCAGAUCGAUACAGGCGCGUUAAUUCCUUGGUCUGUACCACAGUUCCAACCAAAACCACAGCUACCGACAGUGGAACAUAGCGGCAAUGAUUACAUGACUCAAGUCAUCAAGUGUGAAACUAAAAUGAGAGAUAAAUGCAAAGGGACAACUUGCAACAGGUACAAGUGCCCAGCCAAUUGCAAAUCCUCAAAGGCAAAAGUAAUCGGAACACUCUAUUAUGAAACGCAAUCAAGUAUUUGUCGGGCUGCAAUACACCAAGGGGUUAUUAAGAAUGAAGAUGGUGGGUUUGUGGAUAUCACUCGGAAAGGAAAAAUCCCAUUUUUUGUCAAGUCUACCAGAAAUGAUGUUCAAUCACUAAGCAAGUUCAAGCAAGCCAAUGGAUUUACUGUUUCAGAAGUGACCACCCGGUCAGUUGACUGCUAUACCACAGUGGCUCAGCUCUGUCCUUACAGAAAGCCAGCUACACAUUGUCCAAGGAUUAACUGUCCACCAAACUGUUUAGAGGAGUUUCCCUUCUGGGCACGGGUCAUUGGCAACAACAUUUAUUCUGAUAGAUCCAGUAUCUGUCGAACAGCGGUGCAUGCUGGUGUGAUUAAGAACCACAUUGGAGGACUUGUGGAUGUGAUGCCAGUGGAGAAGAAGAACCGAUAUAAAGGGACCUCCAAAAAUGGAAUUCAGUCAGAGAGUAUAAAAAAUCCUCCUGAUGGAAAAGCCUUCAGAAUAUUUGCUGUGGCAUGAGUGAGAAAUUAAUUGUGACAGAAUUAUUCUGGAAGCACCAGCGUAAGAAGCAUUUACGAAAACUGUGCGCACUUAACAGCAGUGAUCAUCUUCAUCAUGUGAAGUAUCAAACACCAAACUCAGAUUACAAACCUUGCAUCUCAUUUGCCAAAAAAAAUGGACUCUGGUUCGAACAUUCCUCUCAUUAUUGUACAUAAUAAAUUUAAUAUUUUGUUUAAAGGCAGAAAUAUAGUUAUUUACAGCAGUGCUGCUAAGUUAUAUUGCUCAGUAUAAUAUAGUUAAGUAUUUACUCCUAGUUUGAUCUUUAUAUCAGUGCAAUUUUUUGGAAAUGAUGGGUGCAUGUCUCUUUUACAAUUAUUUGCAUCACUGCAAAUGGACAAAGCACUGUGUGUGCACAUUGUAGGAGACAAAUCCUGGAGAACAGUUAAAGGCAGGGCCUUCAGGGCUUCAUGACGCUUUCAGAGCCAUGGCAGCUUUCUCUUCACCCAGAAGUGUACAUGAUAAAUUUGGUGGACAUGCAGGCUAAUCUACCGAAACGUUAAUAAUGCUGCUUUCAAAUGCACAACAAAACAAAAAUGCCUGUGUUCUUUGAGUUUAUUUGGAACCUCAAAAGCUAAUAAUGUAAGAGUUUGCUUGAACAAUUGAAGUUCCAAAUGUUCAUUUUGUGCAAAUCUAUUAUUGUCUCAUGGGUCUGCUAUAUUCUAACGUAUGCAACCUCAUUUCUUCAAUCUGUGCAUAAGUAGAUUCCUUGUCUAUAAUUUUCUCUCCCUCUGCCUCCCAUCAGUUGUCCAUGGGCUCACUCUUGCACCUGACAGGAAUAAGGUCAAAAUGAAAUUUGUGGUGCAUGACUUGAGACAAAAGGAAGGAAUUUAUAUGCUAUGGGGAACAAGGAAUGAGAUACACAUACGUGUAUGUGGUGCCUCAUUGACUGGGAGUUUAUAAGAGUCUUGUGGCUGUGCCACUCAUGUAAAUACUAGCUCAAGUUAAUGGAGGACCACACACAGCCUUGCAUUUCACCCUCAUCCAUCUAAUGUUCUGCAAAUAAACUAAACCUUGGUGAAAUCAUUCCUUUCACAACAAUACCACCAUAAUUCCCUCUUUAUUCAGUUACCCUCAGUGCUUGUCAGAAGUUUCUUAUUUAUUUGGUCAGAGGACUCUUUGCUCUGUUAUUGAGACCACAUCACCCUGUCAUACUGUUUUCCUUUUAUGAAUUAUAAGUAAUUGAUGACCUUAUGAACUUAGCAGUUCGAGUGCGUUAGCGCAGUGAAUGGUUGAAAGGCUGAGAUUGAGGGGGAUGUAAGGAGAACUUUGUUUUGAGUGUACUUAAUUGCACAGUAAUUCAAUGGAUAAAGCAUGGUCGUAACGAAGCAAGAAACAAAGGCAAUAUUUAAAUAAUGAAUCAGAUCAGAGGUUCCCAAACUUUUUUUUUAUUGCAUACCCGCUUCCAUCAUGUUUUAUAUUUUAACCCAAUAAAUAACUUUUUACAAUUUAACUUUAAGUAAUCUUAAAAGUGCCCCAACUUUUUUUUUCCAUUUAUUACCCAAGAAUACAGGACUAUAUCGAAUUUUAUCAACGACUAACUAGUUUAGUCUAAAAUAAAUAAGGAUAGUUCAGUUUGGGAACCCCUGGAUUCAUGCAUUGGAUUCACCACUGUAGUUUAGGAUUUUUUUUUAGCUCUUUAAUGUAAAAAAAGUUCUUUAUUUCUCUCUAUUGGAUAUCUGCAAACUGUCAGAAUGAAUACUUGCAUGUGCAAAUUCUGACGAUAUUAAAUAUAAUUUAUUGCAUCGGGCAACAGGGAUGAGGAUAGCUGCUCAACCACUUUGAUUUUUGUUACUGCAUUACAUUGUAUAUUUUUUCAUAUCUAUGUAUAAAACUAAAUAAACUUACAAGCCUCCAACUAUUUUUAAUACCUUAUAAAA